AUGUUAUCAUGUCGUCGUUUAAUUUCCUCGUAUUCACAUUUUCCUUCUCAUUCAAUUGCAUCGUUAUUAAUAACACGCCAUAGCUCAUCAUCAACAUCAUCGGAUGAUCUAUCAAAAUUUCUUCAAGAACAAUCAUUUGCUUUUGAAAAGAAACCAACAUCAACGAUUGCAUUCGAAACAUUUGUUCAAACACCAGCUGAAUUUGUUGCUAAUAGUCUUGUAUACAUACAUGAUAAUUUAUCAUUACCAUGGUGGGCAACAAUAGCAUUAACAACAGUUGCUUUUCGUACUAUUGUUGGUGCUUCAAUAACGAUAACACAACAACGUUUUAUUGAACGUCUACAAACUGUUCGACGUCAUGUUUCAAGUGAAUUAGAACCACGAAUAAAAAUAUUAAAUAUGCAAGCUAUGAAAGGAAAAACAGCAACUGUACUUGCAGAACAAAAACAUCUUAGACGAGAAGCAGUUCAAUUAACAAAACAAAGUUAUGUUGAACAUAACGUUCAUCCAGGUAAACUACUUAUUCUGGGAUUAUUUGGUUCGGUUCCAUGGCUUUAUGUUACAUUUGCUAUUCGUAUGAUUUGUAUGUCACCCAUCGUUUUACCCACUAUGUCCCAAGAAGGUGCUCUAUGGUUUCAAAAUUUAACAGAAGCUGAUCCAUAUGGUCUCUUACCGAUAUGCUUUCUUAUACCUAGUCUUAUAGGAAUUACUUUUAAUUCGAUAGAAAAACCAGGUUCACCAGUCAAUUCACGAGUUUUAUCCGCCGCUCGAAUACAACGUGGAUUCACUCGAUUAGUCGUUAUUGGUUUCUCUUUAAUUGCUGUUAAAUUACCAUCUGGUAUUGUUCUAUUUUGGGCAUUGAAUAGUUUAUUACAAUUGAUUCAAACACUUGUUUUUGAAUUACCACGCAUACGAAAUACAUUAGGUCUUCAACCAUCUCGAUUUGGAUCACAUCCUAUUCAACUUCGAUGGGAUUUAUGGAAAAAUAAAUGGUCACUUUUUUUUCGAACACUCAAAUGGUAUUCGAAAUUAUAA